AUGGAGCUAUUGAAUGUUGGAUCCUUGUUCAGAAUAACUGAUGUUCUGUUGUUUCAUGGUAGGGCAUAUGAGCAUAUUGUUCUUGUGCAUUAUAGAGAAACAAGUGAGCAUUUUGUAAGGGGUUUGUUCAAAUUGUCUAGAUCAAACAUUGAGAAGCUCAAGAACUUUGUAUGUUCAAGACAGAAAGGAAGUCAUAAUCUUCACUUGUCAAGUUUUGUUGUAUCUCUUGCAUAUGCUUGGGUUUGCAAGGUGAAAGUUGAAGAAACUAAGAGCAAGAAAGUUGGUAUGGCUAUAAAUGUUGAUUGCAGGAAACGAUUAGAUCCACCUGUUCCUCAAACAUACUUUGAAAACUGCAUUGGUGCAAGAAUUGCAUUUGCUAAAACAAGAGAAUUCUUGGAUGAAGAUGGUGGAGUAGUUGUGGCUGUAGAAUCACUGAGUUUUUCUUUGGAGACACUAAAGGAUGGGGUUUUGAAUGAAGCUAAGACUUGGUCUUCAUUUUUGCAUGAUGGGCUACACAGUGAUGAAGAAAUGAAGAUUACUGGUGCUGCUGGCACACCAAGGUUUGAGGUUUAUGGAAGUGAUUUUGGAUGGGGAAGACCAAAAAAAGUAGACAUGGUGUCCAUUGACAGAACUGGUGUAAUUUUUCUCUCAGAUAGUAGAGAUGGUGAUGGUCUUGAUAGCAAUGUGAUAGCUUUAUUGAUAUAUUGA